UUUAGCUUUUCUCUCUCUCCUCUCCUCUUCCUCCCUCCCUCCCUCCCUCCCUCCCUCUGCAAGCUAAACAUCGAUCAGGCAGCUGCAGGCUAGUUAGGGUUGGUGCUUAGAGGGUGGUACCCUUCCUCCCUUGCAUAUCAAGCCUUGAGAUCACCCCACCUUUUUGACCCCCCCAAACACACAAAGUUAGUAGUCCUUCGUUGGUUGGUACUAGAGCUAGACAGAUCAAGGAGAGGAGGGGUGGUGCAGAAAGAAAGAGGGAUCAGCUAGCUCUAGAUAGAGGAAGGAGAGGCAGUUCUUAGCUGCUUGUUUGUAGCUAGAUUUAUUACACCUCCAUACAUAGCGAGCGAGGGCCGAGGAUCCUGUACAGAUGUCUCAGGCGAUGUCGGGCGGCACCGGCGGCGGCGCAGGGCAGUUCGGGGACACGACGUUCACCAAGGUGUUCGUGGGGGGCCUUGCCUGGGAGACGCACAAGGAGGGCAUGCGGGCCUACUUCGAGCAGUUCGGCGAUAUCCUUGAGGCCGUCGUCAUCACUGACAAGAACACCGGUAGAUCCAAGGGAUACGGAUUUGUAACGUUCCGUGAGCCAGAGGCAGCACUGAGAGCUUGCAUCGAUCCGUACCCGGUAAUCGAUGGAAGGAGGGCCAACUGCAACCUUGCCUAUCUCGGGGUCAACAAGUCCAAGACUGCACCGGUGCCGCCAUAUCUGCAACCAUAUGCUCAUGUUUACGGGGGAGGCAACAUGCGGGCAAUGAAGUCCAUCCAGACAGCUGGUGGUGCCAGCUUGAUGAGCUUCGUGCCGGCCGAUCAUGGCAUCCAGCAAGGGAUUCCUACUACCUACAAUCUUUAUGCCGGGUAUUCCCCAUAUUUCUCAGACUACGGCUACCCGCUGAGCUACUACCAAGCCUACGGGGGGCUGCAGGGAGCCCAACAACAGUAUGCUGUCUUCGGCAGCGGCGCAACCGCGGCAGCGGCAGGUCUAACAAUGGCAGCGGCGAACUCCUCCGGGCUCUACCCCUACUUCCAAUACGGUCCGGCGAGCGUGGCCGCAGCUGGGUAUAGCAUGGCUCAGUACCCCCAGUUGUACCAGUACGCCGCGGCUGGGGUGGGCGCCACGACAGCGGCGGCCACCCUGACCACGGUUGCCGGCGGCCUCCAGCAGUACGCUGGCGCGGUGGCGUUCACUCCCAAUUCUAUUGGCCAAGCAGGCAUGACAAUGUCUCUGACAGCUCCAACUCUGCCGGCCCCGACACCGCAGUACCAGUUCAGCAGGCUUAUUCCUUCUCACCUCGCUGCGGCUCCAGAUCAGAAGCCCAGCUUGGCCUAGAGCAACACCAUGGCUGCACCUCUCUCUCUCUCUCUCUCUCUCUCUCUCUCUCUCUCUCUCUCUCUCUCGUGUCUUUUCAACCAUGCAUGCACCUAUCAUCUUCUUCGGUUCCUUUGAUACACGUGUCAGUAGUCACACACAGUCAAUGCAUACAAGUCUUAGCUUCAAGUGAAAGUGAACUGAUGAAUGCAGUAUGGUGCACACUGCAUGCACACCAUAUGCAUGCUGUCUGCACAGCUGAGACUUGACUAACUUGACGCCAAUGCUCACUCUGGGGUUGAGUGCAUUCGGCUGACUAACACAAGGGACCAUGCAUGCCAGAUUGGCAGGUCCAAUUUUCCAUCGCGCCAUCGGCGCACUCCAGCUAAGGUUGACAAUCAUCUUCUCCUUUCUUUGUGCUAUAAGUUGUUCUGAAUCGGCUGCUACCUGAUCUUGCUUCCUCCAAAUGUCUAGCUCUCGUCUAUCGGUCUACUAGAACGAAAUUAAAAGAUAUUAGCUAGUUAAUUAGUUUAUGCAUGCAUAUAUAUAGGUCACCUGCAGUUAGCAUCGAUCUCUUUAGUCAUUAGGCAUGUAGUUCACAUACAUUACUUUUUAGGCAUUUCAAGUUUAAUUAUUUACUCAUAUAGUGUUCCUUGGACUCUUAUGGAAGAGUGCAGGGGCAAAUCAAGUCUGAUGAGUCGCUGCUGGUUUUUCAUGUGCAGCGUUACUCAUCUAAUUCUGUCAUCCCUCAAGAUGGCAUUUUCCAUGAGCCAUGUGUAGGUCCACAGAAGUUUGUGGACACACACAAAAGGUUUACUGAAUUAGCGGUCAAACAAUUUGUGCUAGUCCUAUUAUAUACACCUCUUCAUGUACUGACUAAUUAGGAGCACGCUCUUUUUAGUUUCUCUCCAUUUUGGUCGUCCCUUCCUCUCCCAUGUCACCAUGCAUCGAUCAUCUUCACAUUAUAUUCAUCACCAAGCAAGCCAGCCAUGGUUAGGCCCAGUCAAGCUGCUGAUCCACCAUCAGAUGAACACAAUUGCUGCAACCACCCCUUAUGGCAGACACACGUUAUCGUUACUAUUCGCUAGAGAUUUAUGUAAUAGCUACUGUGAAAUAUAUUUAGCUUCCUUCUAAGAGACUAAUAGUGUUACCAUGCUUAUCUAUCUCUUAAGCACAAUUACAUGAACUAUCAGCUACAUAAUAUGGCAAACUCUAAUGUAGCUACCACUUGGCUGCAUAUUAUGCCUAGCUUAACUAUUUGCGCUA